AUGCAGCUUUUCAUCCUCCCGCCCGCCUUUGGCCUCCCUUCCAUCGACGCUGCCUGUAUCGCCGCCGUCGCUCUCCUCCAACUCCAUGUGCCCCACGCCUACACCAUCGUCCCCACGCACGACGAAGAAAGUCGGCCGCUGCCACUUCUCAUCGACGGCACCGCCAAAGUCUCAGGCUUCAACAACAUCGUCCGCCAUUUGAUAGACAAACGCCUGCUCUCCCACUCUGGUCUCAGCCAACAGCAACGCGCUGACGCCAUCGCCAUAACAUCCUUCAUCGAAUCCCACGCCCAAACUUUACUCGAUAUAUCACUUUAUGUCGGCUUUGAAAAUUACCGACUCGCUACACGACCCGCUUACAGCAAAGUCCUACCAUGGCAUGCGAACUAUACUCUCCCGCCUCGGUGGCGGGCAGCUGCGAGAAUGAGGACUGAACAGUUGGGCAUUUCAUCCAUCGAUGUCGACAAUGUCCACGAGGAUAUGAGCAAUCGACCGGAGGGCUUUGAUGGCGUGGGAAAGGAUCAGUCCAAAUCAUUCGAGGAGGCUACGCAGAAGAGAGCUAGCCUGUUGUUGGGCGGGGGAAAGCAGACGUUAAGAGGACUGUUGCAGAAACCGGAACACGCUGCCGUCUUCAAACUCAAUGCGCUUGCUGAUAAUUUCUUUGAGCCGCUGGAGGAGUUGUUGGGGAACAGUAACCACCUACUCGGGGUGGAAGAGGGCCCGACGGCCGUGGAUUGUUUGUUAGUGGGAUAUCUGACUCUGAUGCUAUUUCCCAAAUUGCCGCAGGACUGGCUUGCUGGGACGAUGAGGAGGAAGUAUAAGAAACUGGUUACGUAUACGGAACGCAUAUGUCAGCAAUUGAAGUUGGGAACGAAGGUGGAAGAUGUGCUGGCAAUCUCGCUGUGCAAGUCAGAGGCAGAAGUCCUCGACCUACGAACAGAACGUAACAUCACCCUUUCAUGGGGCACACCGCACCAUCCCACCAUCUCGCACACUAUGCGAAGCUUUCGAGUCGGCAUAUGGAACCAAAUUCCUCUUCUAGGGCAACCCAACAAACUGGAAUUGUGGAACGUCAAAUGGCAUCCUUUUUUCUACCGGAAUUUCAGGACGGUGAUGCUCACUAUGGUAACUUCGUUUACUGCUUUGGGUUGGCUUUCAGUUCAUACGGGAUUUCUGGUGUGGCCCCAUGGCGAAGCGGUUCAGAUCUUUGGGAGGAGAAGAAUCUCGGACUUUGGCUAUCUGGGCGCUGCGAUUGGUGGCAUUGGUGCCUUCGGUACUUGA